AUGAAACCCAACGACAGUUCAUCCAAUGCUUUGAGCAGCCUCUACGAGGCGAUUGGUCUCAGUGAAGGCGACACCACCAUGCGCUGCUUUGGUCAAGCCCAAGGCGAUAUAUACUGUGUCACUCCUUUGCCGAAUACACGAAAACCGAAAAUCAAAAGGCUUUUACAGAACUUGGCUCGUCAUGAGCUUGGUAGCGAAUGUCCAGAUGCAGCCCGGACGGUCGAAAUGACUCUUGCUGAGUUGACCAAAAAUCUCAUCUGCCUUAGGCCUAUCAAACCGCAUGCAGUCAAAUUCGAAAUUCACAGAAAGAGUUAUAAAAACAAUAUGGAAUAUGUUUACUUCUUGUUGACCUCGAAGUUCGAAAGUUGGCAGCUGGAGAGGAAGGCCGAGGAGCAACGGAACAAUCGACAGCAUACACCAACUCGAACUUUACAAAAAUCAUUGGCUAAACUCAAUGGUCAUGAGAGCAACUCAAAGAACGUAGGAUAUUCUGGCGAAGAUGCAUAUGAUUCCAGCUAUGGAGACGGCGACGAGAGAGACGAUGAAAUCAGUGAGGAAGACGACGGGUGCAGUGAGGAAACGAAGGAUGAAGACGUGUUCGACACAAGGAUACGAGAGAAGCUCCAAAGACCCAAAUUAGUCAGGGAGAGUCCUCAGGGUGAGCGAGACAUACUGGUGACGCCAGUGAGGUGCCGGCGUGAAAGAAAUCAGCGCAUGGUUCACAGCGGCACAAAAGCAGCAAAAGAUUCUUACGAUUCACCAUCAUCUCUGUCCCCCAGCGACGAUGAAUUCAUCGUUUCACCUGAAUCAGUUACUUCUCCAGAUCCCAGCGAGCUGUUCACUCCGUUUUCGACUGUCUCGACACCCGGCUCACUUGCCAGCACCGUAGAGUUUGAAUCUCGACGGUCUUCUUCUAGAAUUUCGCAUAGGAAGCGACAAGAUGCGAGCCCGACACGUGGGGCAGAAUCCACGGAUCUGGACAUUCUCUCAAAAGACAUGAGGCGAAAGUUGAAUCUGAGCGGGAGUCUCUCUGGCACAGAGGAAGACUUUGGCGAUGAGGGCAGCUCUGAUACCCAGAGUCAAAAUUGCGAAUCAGACAAAGAGGCUGCAACCCGCCCAAAGUUUCGUCAACCCAUAAUAUUUUUUCCGAAGAAUCAACCUGUUCACGAAAUUCUCAAAUACAUGAGAAAGUCGCCAGGUAAGAAGGGAUUCGGGCCUGGCUGCAUAUAUGGCUUUACCGACCCAACAAUACGGGGCCGUCAUAUCAAAAUUGGGUACACCGAUGGUUCUGUUGAAAAAAGGAUGAAAGAAUGGGAGACAUGCGGGUAUAAACCUAUCCUCAAAUUCGAAGUACCCAUGCCAUGUGCAGUUAAGAAAAUGGAAGGGUUGAUCCACAGCACCUUACACAUCGAAGCAGAGUACGCGUCUUGUCCAGCUGAAUCGUGCAAGAAGAAGCACAGGGAGUGGUUCAACAUAUCGAAGCGUGAGGCAAAAGGAGUUGUCGAAAUGUGGAAAAGGUUUAGUGAGCUGAUGCCAUACACCGAGACUCGUCAACUGAACGACAUCUGGCAGGGCAUUGCGACGGCUCAGCUAGCUAAACCUUGGUCACCGGAUGCCAAGGUGUGGUUGAAGGAAGAGCUGCUUGCAAUAGUGUCAAAGGAGGAAAAGCUGGCAAAGCUACAGGAUAGCUUGGACAAGAAGAAGCAGGAACGAGAGGGUAUUAAGCAACAGUUGCUACAAGCCGAAGAAGACGAGGAGCGUCUUCGAAAACAGUUGGAAGGAUUGGCGAUUGGUAACAGGUAA